AUGAGCGCAGUCGAGCCGACCGCAUUCGAGCUCAUCAAGGACGGCGUCAUCAUCGCGCUGACGCUCGUCGCCUCUCUGCUCAUGACGAUCCCGCUGACGGGGACCCUUGUCCGCCUGCGCGCGAACUACAACCCUCGUGGCCUCCGCCUUGACGCUGAGGGAAACAUCGAACCGCACACUGGGCCUGUCGUGACCUCGUUCUUCGGCAUGCUCAGACGGGUGCGGCGUAUUGAGGGCUGGGCUGGGUUAUACAAAGGGACCAUGCCCACGAUCUUAUUCAGCCUCGUGCUGACGCUCUUCACCGUUGCCGUCCUUGGUGCAAGCAUGGCCAGCACCCCGGGAAGGGCGAUUCCUCCUGCCGUGGCAGGACCGUUCGGCACGCUCGCGUUUGGCCUGGUGUCCAUGCUGCUCUUCCUGCCAUUUGCCAUUCUCACGUACCGUGCGAUUACAACACCGUACAAGCUCCCCUACUUCCGACCCCUCUACUCUCUGCGCAUCUUGUUGACGCCAACGGAGCGCAAGAAGCCCUGGAUGUUGUAUUCGACCCCAGGGCUCCUAGCGGCGCAGUGCAUCCAGAUCGUAUAUACCGCAUUCCUGCUGACCGCGCUUCGGUCUUUCCUUGUGCCACGCCCAGGACCCGAUGACUUUAUGGCGUCAGUCAAAUUCGGGAUCUAUAUAGGCGUUGAAGUUGUCAGCGUCGUUGUCAUCUGCCCACUGGAGGUGAUCACGACCAAGCUGGCCAUCCAACGUAACCACGCAGCGCCAGAAUACAACUCGGUGGAACAGGAAGCGGAGGACGACAUGAUUGAUGGAGAGGAGUACACGGAAUAUUCGGGCGCUGAGGAAGAUGUCAUCGGGCUACGUCAUGAGAAAGAUCCCUACCUAGGCCUGGUCGACUGUGCAAAGCGGAUUGUCGACGAAGAGGGGUGGAAGGCGCUCUACAGGGCCUGGUGGCUCACCAUGCUGGGGGGUAUUGUUUCUGCGCUUGCGGCCGGUGUACCGUACGUGCGGUCGUGA